CUUUUCAGUGGGGAGUAAAGUCAGAAAAUCAGAGAGCAAAAAUCCACUCUUUUUCUCUGGAAGACUCUGAGGGAGGAGAAUCUACUUCUUCUUCGCACAACUUUCAUAUACAAAGUUGGGGCAACCAUGAACAUCUUCAAGAAGAGAACCUCACCCAAAGAUGCUCUGCGAGCGAGCAAGAGAGAAAUGGCUGUUGCCACAAGAGGUAUUGAACGGGAGAUUGCAUCUCUUCAGUUAGAGGAGAAGAAAUUGGUGGCAGAGAUUAAGAAAACGGCUAAAACUGGAAAUGAGGCAACGACCAGGAUCUUAGCUCGUCAACUUGUCCGGUUACGUCAACAAAUAACUAAUUUGCAAGGGAGUCGUGCCCAAGUCAGAGGUGUAGCAACUCAUACACAGGCACUGUAUGCCAGCACUUCAAUUUCUACUGGAAUGAAGGGUGCAACUAAAGCAAUGGUCGCAAUGAACAAGCAAAUGGCACCAGCAAAACAAGCUAAGGUGAUUAAAGAAUUUCAGAAGCAGUCAGCACAAAUGGAUAUGACGAUAGAGAUGAUGUCAGAGUCUAUUGAUGAAACUUUAGACAAAGAUGAGGCUGAAGAGGAAACAGAGGAGCUCACUAACCAGGUGCUUGAUGAGAUUGGUGUCGAUAUUGCAUCCCAGUUAUCUUCAGCUCCCAAAGGCCGGAUUGCAUCAAGGAACACUCAAAAUGUUGUUACUAGUUCCCAAUCUUCUGAUGUUGAGGAUCUGGAGAAGAGGUUGGCCUCUCUACGACGCAUCUGAUCUGGAAAGUCAAAUGUGGUGGUCCUUACUUAUAAUAUAGUACAAUAUUGUAAAUUUAAAAAAUAAGUACAAAUUGAAUCAUGCAUAAAGAUUAGGAAUUGCAACAGGAGGAUUUCAAAAUUUCAAAUAUUCUAUACUAGCUUCAUUUUAAA